AUGGCAUCAUAUCACAGGCAAGGAGAGGCACUUAUCUGGUAUAAAGGAGCUUGGGAAAGUGGCCAGUUCACAAGCUGGGAGACUCUCUCUCGCAUUAUGCUCAUCCGGUUUGGUCCUUCCACUUAUGAUGAUCCAAUGGAAACCUUGGCAAAGCUCAAACAGACCUCCACUGUAGCAGCAUACCAAACGCAGUUUGAAGCACUAUGUAACAGGAUCAAUGGCCUGAAAGAUGAGGUCAGACUUCUCUUAAAAAUGUUUAACCCUACAAGUUUAAUUGGUGCAUUUGGCCUAGCAAAAAUCCAAGAGGAGUAUCUUAUUAGUGCUAGGAAGGCACUGAAACCAGGAGGGGAUCGAAGCAUCCUUCCUACGGUUAACAAGCCAUUAGGUGGGGAUCCUUUCACUGAAGGCAGUAGUAAAUGGACCAAAUCCUUCCAACCCACUAGGAGGGUUUUCUCAACAGAAUGGGAUGAAAAACGAAAAAAUGGUCUAUGUUAUCAUUGUGAUGAGAAAUGGCAUGCUGGCCACAUUUGUAAGAAAACCAAGAUCUAUCUAUUGCAAGGGUGUGAGGAUGAAGAGGAAGAAAACUGUACAGAGGGCAAAGAAGAGGGGAAACUGGAACCUGACAGUGUGUUAACCACUAAGGGGGAAGGAAAUCCUGAGAUUUCCUUGAAUGCGAUUGCAGGAACUCCUAGUCCUAGCAGCUCUCACAGUUUCCUAGAUCCGGCAGUAGCACGAAGGGCCAAGUUGACUACCAACCAGUCCACAAGGUUGGCGGUGCAGGUAGCAAAUGGAGCUAUUAUUCAAAGUGAAGGCCACUGUGACUCGGUGCCUCUAAAAGUGCAAGGUAUUCAGUUCUGCCCACCUCUUUAUAUUCUUGAGUUGGGUGGUUGUGAUGUUGUGUUGGGUGUUAAUUGGUUAGGGACCUUGGGUCCCAUUGUAUGGGAUUUUUUGAAAUUAUCUAUGCAAUUUAACCAUGGGGGUCAUAAGGUGGAGCUUAGAGGAUUGGAACCCCAACUAAUCUCUAUUGAGGAAAGUAGUAAAGCCAUGUUGUCUUCGAUGUCUAAGGGAAGGGGGUUUUUGCUUCAAAUCCAAAUAGAAUCAAGAGAAGAAAAUGUGGUUGUGCAAAAUAAUGAAGUUAAUGAACUGUUGCGACAGUUCAAAGGGAUGUUUGAGGAGCCCAAAGGGCUACCUCCUAUAAGGGACCAUGACCAUAAGAUUGUGUUGAAGAAGGGUACACAACCUAUCGCCAAUCGACCCUACCGUUAUCCCUAUGACCAGAAAACUGAGAUAGAGAAGAUAGUGUUAGAGUUGCUGGAAACAGGAGUAAUUCGACCCAGUUCCAGUCCUUUUUCUUCACCCGUGUUACUAGUCCGUAAGGCUAAUGGGAGUUGGUGCAUGUGUGUGGAUUAUCGUGCACUCAAUUAA